CCGAUUUUUUUGUUAAAUCGAGUGACGCGUUUGUUGUCAUUCGUUAAAAGGCAUUGCAAUAGUAAAAAUGUCUAAAAACUUUGAAAGUUACGAUUUAGAGUCCCUUAAAAAAUAUCUCGCGGGUCGCGAAUCGUAUGAGGGACGACAAAAGCCUCAAUUUCGCCAGAAAAGAGUACGCGUAUGUGUUGAUAAAUAUACCGAUGAUGAUUACCUAGACAGUGAUGGCAUGUGCAUUCCAGCAAAAGCGCGGAAAAUCGCGAUAGGGUCAGGAUUGGAAUGCGAAGUGGAAGAUUUCCUUGUUGAUCCUUCUUGCGUAUGUAAAUAUAAAUUUCUCGGUGAAAUAUGGAAUAAAAUCCAUAUCAGAUAUCGCAGGGACAAAUUACACUCUCAAGAUGAGGGCAUAGACAUGUGUACGACUUUUAAAGUAUGUUACAAUGAAGAACCUGCAGAAUCUAAUAAAGAAAUCGAAUCGAAUUUUCAAAUGAGAUAUAAUCCUCCAUCACUGAGAAGCAUUGCAAUCGCGAAUUUAUUAAAUGAAAGGAAAUAUGCGAAAAAUGCAAAAACUUUGGCUGUGGUUACUAAAGCAAUUGUGCAUAAUAGUGAUGUAUUAUUAUAUAAAAUGUCGAAGUCAAAUGGUUUUUUCGACUGCAUAGAACACACAAGAUUAUGCAAAGCAGGAGUGGGGGAAAAACUCUAUUGGUACUACUUUUUUAGGGCGUGUGAGGAAGAAUAUUAUCUCCCUGCGGGGGAGGAGACAUUGGUCUACAAGAAAGGAAAUGGGCCAAUCAUUGACCUUUCCUUUCAAUAGCCAACAAAUGCAAAACAAGUGGGGGGGCGAAAAAAAGGAAAACUCGAGCAUCCGCCCCCAUCAGGUAUGCAAAGGACCCCCCACCAAGGGCAAAUCUUCAAAAAAGUGUGGAAAACUUAGCCCCUCCUCCUCUAAACUAGGGAUGCAUCAAGGACCCCAGUGAGAUCAUUUUACUGCAUUUACGUUUUUUACGUCAAAAUGACAUCAAGUCAAAUGAACUCAUCUCCAAAAUCCAGUUAUCAAUCAGGUUAUCAGCCUGGAACUUUUAAACCUAAAAAAUCUAAAUAUGGUGGAAACAAGGCCAAUCAAAACGGAAUUAAGAUAAUUAGUGAUCGUGUAGUGCAAUAUAACAGUGAUGAGAAAAGAUCAAUUGAAAAAAUAGUGAAAAAAGUGAAACUCCAACGACGUGAAAUUUCCAAGACAGCCCCUGUCAUAAAUAUUGACUUUGACCUCCAAACGGUUGAAAAGAUGAAGAAAAAAAACUCAACCAGACGAUUGGGCCAUAAAUCAGCCGGUAGCACUCAAAGUGGCUCUAAAAUCCUGAAAGUCAAUAAUAAAAAAACAAGUGAAAUCAUGCAAGUGAGUACAGAAGAAAAAAAGUUAUGGAUUAAUAUGUUAGAAAAAGAUCUUGAUUUAUUCAAUCAAGUGAACUACAUUGAUAAGAAAAAGGAUCUGAAAAAAAUACAGGCUCGCGAAAAACGUUUAAAACUCGCGGAAAAAAAGAAGGCCGACUUUAUCGCUCGCGAAAAACGUCGCGAACUAGCUAAGGAAAAACAAAGACAAUUUAGAGCUCGCGAAUCAGAAAAAAAUCGAUCCAAGGACAACACAUCGGAGGAUAUCAUCCCUGAGCCCAUGAUGGAAUUGGAUUCAUCGAUCGAGAUCAUUCCCAGCACUCCAUCGGUAAUUAAUUUAAUCCUGGAACGCGAGGGUGAAGAUGCUCAGCAUGGAUCAUUGAAUUUCGCGGCCUCAACCCCUACAAAACCGCGAAAAUCUAUCGAGGAAAUCGAGGCCGUUCUAGUCGCGUUGGGCGCGAAUCUAGAACAAAGGAAUCGCGAGGACGAUUACGAAGGGCGAUGGGCUCCAACGCAGCGCCAAAAAGAGCUUGAUCAAAUUGCGAUGCAAUUGGAUCAAAGCGGGGAUGAUGAUGAUGAAGGAUUGGUCAUCCAGAGUCUUGAUUUCACCCCGUUAUCACCCAGUAACCGUUCGGGCUAAAAAUUCAUUAAACGUGUUUGUAUUUUUUGAAUAGCUGAAAUAAAAGUCAUAAAUUUUAUUGCAUUAACGGUGAGUCUUGACUUUUUUUUAUUGCUAGGCAAGACCCAAUAUUCCCUCUCCUGUCCCCAGCCCUUUUUUUUUCUCGU